GUUUUCUACUCUCUUCUGGGCAUCCUGUAGCGAGGAAGGUAAGGCGGUUUCGCUGUAUUGACGCAAUGUCGCUGACAGUUUCCGUUUGACAGCCAGACGUUGUCAUAUAGCGUUUCCUUCGCACUCGCAUCUGACGAAUUCGCCUUUCUCGGAGUUUCAGAUUCAAAGAAUGAUUCUUGGCUCAUAUUUUUCACAUCAUGACCAACUUGUUAAUAUGGAUUAUAUUAAUACACUUCGUAAACAAAUCAUCUCAACAAGAAUGUGACAAAGAUAUUCUUCAAACUACAUCGUUCGACUGCCAGUUUCAGUACGAAAAUUCUGUGGCAAGACUGCAGUGUACGAGUGCAGACGAUCCAUUAGAUAAAACUUUCUAUUACAUGAAGAUUUUCUGGCUGGAAGGAUAUGAAGUUCAAAAUGACAGUGAAUCCAUUUUUAAAAAUUUUCUCUCGGCGAAUUUUACAUCGGAAUCUGUAUUUUUCAUUUGUGAAAGUGCGUACAAAAAUUUUAUUUUAUUAGAUCCAUUCAUAUUUUCGGAACAUUGCAUGAAUCAGAAUUGUUUGGAACAAGUUUCUGAAUUUAUUAAUGAAACUAGUGUUAAAAAGCUUGGAAUAAAUAAUUCGGAAGACUCUUCUGUGUUCAGAAUAUUAAACGAGUUUCCUUUUCUUACGGAAGUAAAUUUCUUCGAUAAUUAUUUACUAAACAUUUCUGAACUGGAUUUUGGCAAUUCUAAACAAAUCAAAUACUUAUCUUUGAGAAAAGACAACAUUGACAUGUUACCUGAUCAAAUAUUUUCGAAUUUGACCUUUUUAGAAACGUUAGAUUUAUCCCAAAAUAGAAUAGAAUUUCUGUCAAAUCUCUCGUUUUUACACCUGCAUGAUUUGAAGACUCUGAAUCUAUCAUUCAAUGAAAUCAGUGAAAUCGCAAACGAUACUUUUUCCGAACUUACCAACAUUAUGUUCUUAUAUUUGACGAAUAAUAAGCUUGUAUCUAUUCAUGAAAAUGCAUUUGCUUCCAAUGCCAUGCUGAAAUCUUUAGAUUUGAGUGCUAACCCUCUUUGUGUUCUUCCAGAACGACUUCUUCAUAAUUUAAUUAAUUUAGAACAAUUCUUAUGUUAUGAAUGUAAUCUGACUAAAAUACCGCAAAAUCUAUUUCGCAGAGCAAUUAAAUUAACCGCCGUUGAUUUCAAUACCAAUGAAAUUGAAACAAUUCCUGCAAAGACCUUCGAAAGACAAGCACUUUUAAAACAUGUUCGUUUAUUUUGCAAUAAAUUGAAUGCAAUACCUGACUUCAAAAACAAAUCAUACUUAGCGAGCUUGCAUUUGUAUCAAAACAAAAUUCUGUCAUUAAAUCGAGAACUAAGCAAAGAAGCUCCUAGUUUAGCUUAUCUAAAUGUUAGUGAAAAUAAAAUCCAGUAUCUUUCUGACGAUCAUGUUAGUAAUUUUAAUGACCUCGAAAUCUUCGAUCUGUCUAAAAAUGAAAUCGACAUCGUUCAUCUUGGUUCUGUAUAUGUAAAUAUAAGGAGACUGUACCUUUCAAACAAUUCUAUAUCAUUAUUCGAUGUUCAGUGGCCUAAACUAGUGACACUAGAAGUUCUGGAAAUGAAUUAUAAUCACAUUACAGUUUUAGAGCUUCCGCCUUGUAUUCCUAGCGUCAAACAAACUGUUACAUUUUCAUUUCAAUACAAUGAAAUAUCAAGAUUAAACAUGACCGCCUUAAUGGCUGAUGAAAGCAGAAUCAGAACAGACAGAACAAUGGCUGGAUGUCUUUUUAAUGGCAUGUCCAAAAAUUUUGUGGACAUAUCUCACAAUCCUCUGAUUUGUGAUUGUGAAUUGUAUCCCUUUUAUACGUAUUUGAAGCAGACAACAGGAAUAAUAUUGGAUACCUUCCUAAAUCAAGAAAAUGUAACUUGUUCUAAACCAGUUCAUCUACAGAAUAAACCAGUCAUUCGUUUACAAGAAGAUGAGUUUAGCUGUUCUAUCGAAGCAAAUUGUCCUUUACCGUGCACUUGUGGUAUUCGGGCUAAAGAUAAUAAAACAUUCGUCAACUGCUCUGGCACUAAAAUGAACGAAGUUCCCCCAGAAGCGCCAAAUCAAACGUAUGUUUUGUAUUUUAAUAAAAACCAUCUGAAAAAUAUGAACUCAUUGAAUAACCCAAGCUGGCAAAAUUUGACAGAAAUUCACGUAGAUUAUAAUAAGAUUACCACCUUAGAAGACUGGAAAGUUCCUGAAAAUCUUCACUACUUGUCUCUAAAAGGUAACGAAAUCAAAAACUUACCAAAGUCUCUAACGGACUUUAUUACUAAUCAGAGUGAUUUUCAAUUUUACUUUGCCGAUAAUUUCAGAAAGUGCAAUUGUUCAAAUAGAAUGUUGAAAAAAUUCCUGAAAGAUAAUAAGGCUUUUGUAAAAGACAUUGAUGAUAUUGUCUGUGAGAUUGAAAAUAAUGGAACAAUAACUGUGCUUCCACUGUAUACCAUUCCAGAUUCAAUGUUAUGUUCAAUACCUAUUGUAUUAGGUUUUGACCCAACAGUCACAGUUCUAUCUUUAUGUGCAGGCUUUAUAUUUCUGAUAGCAUUACUUCUUUUCUAUUAUAAACAGAGGCAACUGAUUUUGUCCUUUCUGUAUAUUCACUGCGAUGAAGUAUUCCAAUGUUGUUUUGAAGAAAACGACAGUGAUGAUGAUAAAGUAUUUGACGCAUUCGUCGCAUACAGUAGCUGUGACCGAGAUAUUAUGUUAGAGUUACUCAAAGAACUAGAAGAAAAGGAACCUCAUUUUCAACUCUGUAUUCACGAAAGAAACUGGCUUCCUGGAAGAUUCAUAAGUGACAACAUUAUGAAUUCUGUCCAAAGUAGCAAAAGAACUAUCGUGAUACUUUCGAAUAAUUUCAUUGCAAGCCCAUGGUUCCGACUAGAGCUUCGAGCAGCCAUUUUUGAAGUAUCAGGUGAUAAAAAGAAUAAACUAAUUGUGAUUUUGGCCGACAAAUCUACAUCAUUGGACGGCAUAGACACUGAGAUAAGACACGUCAUAUCCAAGAGAACAUAUCUGGUUUGGGGCGAACGAUGGUUUUGGGAAAAACUGAGAUAUGCGAUGCCCCGAAAAAGUUGCUUAGAAAAUGAAGAAUAUGAUAAAAUAGAAGACUUUAACCCACAGCGACGAAAUAGUGACAUUGCUUUAAUGGAGAAUGUGUAAAUAGUCUUUCAUUUGUAUCAAAUAUGCACGAUUUAUCCAUUUGAUAUUCCUGACUUUAAAGAUGUGAUAUUUUUUAGACUAUUUUUAGAAUAAAUUUCUUAUUUAUAACCUAAAGCAGAACAAUAUUUGCUUAAUAACUUUUGGGAACAAUAUUUCCAUAUUAAGCAAACACUUCUAAAAAUAUGAAUCUCUACAGGAUAAAUAUCUUGCUACUAAUGACUUUUCAGCCACAAACUAUCUCUCGAAUAACCAAGUCCGAAGAUUAACAAAGUGGAACAAGAAAAGCACAACUGAGGGAUCUGGAUAGAAAUCAUAAAGCUGAGAGUUUAGUUUUUGACAAAUUUCUGUAUUAUAUGUGUGGAAUAUACUUCCUGAAGAAAGGAAUUUAUCAGAAAACAAAAAUCUGAAAUAGGAUUAUCAAGAAAAGAUGCUUUGAAGAAGAAUGAAGCAAAAAUUCCUCAAGAAUUCUAAAGGCAGAGCAAAUGAUAAUUUCCCCCAAACAUAUAUUCAAUGUAAAUAAUAAAUUUAGAAACCUGAAUUCAUCAUAUAAUAUCAUUCUAUCACUUGAUUCAUCAAUAAAUAUUAUCUUUAUAGUCAUUAAAUAAUAGAUAUAGUUCAGUCAAUCAAAAUGAUAAAAAUAAAAAAAUUAUAAUAACUUUUAUUUAUUUUAUU